AUGUCUAAAAAUAUUGUUUUUGAGGGUUGGUUAACAAAAUCACCCCCUAAUAAACGAAUUUGGAGAACGAAAUGGCGGAGAAGGUGGUUUGCCUUGCGUCAGUCGGGCGAGCUCCCUGGGCAAUAUUUUCUAGACUACUAUGCGGACCGGAAUCGCAGGCGACUCAAGGGCACCAUCAACUUAGAUUUAUGUGAACAGGUUGAUGCAGGAUUGCAUAUGGAACGUAGCAGUAACGGCACACUGGAUCCAAAACUCCGGGGCUCCGUCUUUACUAUUCAAACUCAGUCACGGACAUAUCACUUGGAGGCGGACUGCGAAGCAGACAUGGCCAAGUGGGUGGAUGCUAUUUGCCGUGUUUGUGGUUUGCAACCUAAAGAUAAUUCAGCAAAUGUUGUGGAUACCUAUCAAAAUGAUUUUCAAAUGACAACAAUGAAUGAACAGUAUGAGCGUACAGAUACGCCUAGUCCUUACAUACCUAUAUCUGAAUGUAUUACUGGAGUGCGAGCUCAGAAUUCCCAGAGAGCUUUCACAUUUGACCCAAAGAAUAUAGUAAUCAGUACUAGAAGGCCAUUAGAGAGAGUCUCCAACAGAAGCCAUCAGAUGUACAGGAGCCAACCACACAUUAGGCUCAAUAAUCCAGAGUUCUCUGAGAAUGACUCUAACCUAAGCGAUGAGGAUUGCAAGUCUUUGAAUGCUAGUCAUUCCAAUAUCAGGGAUUGGGCUGUUUCAAAAUCUUUUACAAAAUCAGCUUCACAAUCGCAGAGGAAUGGACAGUACCAUCAUGGACCACCUGUUCCUCCAAGGCCACCAAAGACUUUUGCAAUGAGUAAAGAAGCAACACUCAAAAAGAAAUUGCAUAGUUCUAAAAUUGCUGAAACAAUUGAUACACAUGAGAGUGUGUUUCUGCAACCGCGCCAGUCUGAAGUGAUUUGUCACCAACCACGACGUCGCGUAAUCCAGGCAUGCCUUGGGGAUAAAUAUCAAAUUAAUAUUAAUACAUGUUUAGAAGGCCCGCCGAGCGUCAGAGCACCGGGCCGGUCGUCUGUUUGCGGUGGUCCGCCUUCGCCAGCACGUGCUCAUCUUGUUCGCACUACUGACGAUGAAGAGGAAUUCUCCGGUCAGUUGUCGAUGCAGUACUGCAACUUGCUAACACUGCCACCAGCCGUGGACCGCGCUUUGAAGCCCCGCCACUCCAGCCACAGUAUGGGGCACGUGAACAAUCUCGGGAUACAGUUUCAGACUGUAGUACAGAUCAAUCAUUCGGAGGAAGCGAAGCCCGACGUGCUACAAUACCUGGAUUUAGAUCUACACACAUCAAAGCCGACCUCGGCAAAGCACACCCACGGCAGGUCCAUUGAUGUGGUGCACGGGAAAACGAUGUCCGCUGUGGAGGCGAACUCCGCAUACAAAACCGUCGACUUCCUUAAGACGGAGGCCUUCAAUAUAACGAGACAAGACGCCGAAGCCUCUAGGAGCAGCCACCAU